CGUGGCGUGCCGGCGGGCUGUGCGCGGAGGAUGCCGCCGCGGAGGGCUCUCACCGCUCGUUCCUCCGCGGGCCGCCAGGCCCCCCACCUCGGCCGGGCGCCGCCCCUCUCUCAGCAGCGCCUCCUGGCCGCCCUGCGCCGGCGGCCGGGUCCGGGUGCUCCGCGGGGGGCUUCGCAUGGCCUUCUGGGCUCGGAGCCGUCGCCGGGCUCGGAGAAAGGCCGUGGCGGCGGGAGGGGCGGGCGGCGCGGACCGGAGGCGUCCGGUGGCACGCCGAGUCAGCGGGGGGACCGCCGGUGCGCCCCGGUUCCCGGCGAGAAGUGCGGCGGCCGGAGAGGCCCAGGAAGGCGCCGGGGCCCCGCCGGCCUCCCUUGCCCAACCCGCACAGCCACACUGACUCUCUGGGCCGAAUGGAUCUGCCGCCUAAAGCCGCCCUGCACGCGACCAUCGAGAGACCCUCCUCUGGGACUCAGCGCCCAUCCCGGUCGUGUCCUGCUGCAAGGGGCCCAGGCGGUGCGGCCAGGCCUGGCGCUGAAGAGAGAACUGCGACUGCGGGCUCCACUCUGGGAGAAGGGCUCUGAGCAGUGCGAAUCUGGCAGUAACCAGGGAGUGGGGCUGGGAGGACAGGAGGGGGCCUUACUUGGAGUUCUGCUCUUUUGCCUGAGCCGUGUCUGGAUGCACGAAGGUGAAACAGCGGCAGAAGAGGGCAGUCUGGUUCCCAGCACAAGAUACAGCAGCACCAGCGGAGCAGCCGAGGAGCUGAGGCAGCGGCUCACCAGGAAGCAGUGGAAAAAUCGCCAAAAGAACAAGCGGCAGCAGAAGAACAAGUUCAAGGCUGUUGUGGGUCUGGGCAGCCGGGAGCCCUCUGACAGCAGGCCUCUUGUGCCCUCUGUGGCAGAGGACCCUCCUGAUGACCAGCGAGGCCUGGUUCCGGACACAGAGGCACCUGGCAGGCAGACACCAUCCCUGCGGCAGUGUCCAGCCAGGCAGGAGACUUCCUGCAGCAAGUCUCUUGCGUUCUCCACAGUGGAGGACCCUCCUGAUGACCAGGAAGGCCUCAUCCUGGUAACAGAGGCACCUGGCAGGCGGACAACAUCCCUGCGGCAGCGCCUGGAGAGCCGCCUGGAUGCCGCUCGCUUCCGUUACAUCAACCAGCAGCUGUACACACGGUCCAGCCGAGAGGCAGCCCAGCUUUUCCAGGAGGACCCUGAGGCCUUAGCUGUCUACCACCGAGGUUUCGCCCUGCAGGCAGCCUGCUGGCCCGAGCAACCCGUGGAGCGCUUUGUGCGCUACCUUCGCCACAGACCAGCAUCCCUGGUUGUGGCAGACUUCGGCUGUGGGGAUUGCACACUGGCCCGCAGCAUACCCAACCAGGUGCACUGCUUUGACCUGGUAGCCCUGGACCCGCGUGUCACUGUCUGCGACAUGGCCCAGGUGCCCCUGGAAGGCGCCUCCGUGGACGUAGCCGUCUUCUGCCUGGCGCUGAUGGGGACCAACCUGCGCGAGAUCCUGCAAGAGGCACACCGCGUCCUGCGAACCAGGGGGACGCUGCUGGUGGCCGAGGUGGCGAGCCGCUUUGCGGACGUGCGGGCCUUCCUGGGGGCGCUGGCCCGGCUGGGCUUCCGGCUGGUCUCCAAGGACCUCUCGGGCAGCCACUUCUACGUCUUCGAGCUGCGCAAGGCCGAGAAGGCGGCGGCCUCGGCGGAGGAGGAGCCGCGCGGACUGGCGCUGCGGCCCUGUCUCUACAAGCGCCGGUGACGCGCUCCUUCCGUCCCUCCCGACCAAUAAAGGCUCGUCUUGCUCGCGA